AUGCCCUUUUAUGGGGGCCCCCUUACUGCUGCUGCUUCUUACCUGCUGAGCCGCAGCAGCCCCCAUACUCUCGUGCUGCUGCCGCUGGGCCUCAGGGCCCCACACUGGCUGCUGCCCUUCGCAGCAGCAGCAGCAGACGCGCUGCAGCAGCAGCAGCUGCGCGGGGCCCUUCCCGCGCUGCUGGGCAUUGCCACGGGACACGUCUUCUACCUCCUCAAAAAGGUCAUUCCGGCGAAGACAGGCAUCCAGGUGCUGCCCUUCCCCUCCCUGACUUAUCGUUUGCUGCUGCAGCACAAGGCAAGAGCAGCAGCAGCUGCUGCUGCUGCUCCUCCUCCUCCGAAAAUAAGCAGCAAAUAUCUAAAGUGA